AUGCCUACUUUGUUCUGCGUGGUGGUCGGGGAGAAGAGUCCGUUCCCCGUCACGAUCGAUGCCAACGAGUCCAUUUCAAUGCUCAAGACGAAGGUCAAGGCGGAGAAACCACACACGAUCCAUUGCGACGCAGACGACCUGCAACUGUACCUGGCGUCCAAGGAUAACGGCGGCACGUGGUUGAACAGCGACGGCGCCAAGGCUGUGACACUGGACGACGUGCAGGGCUUCCACAUGAUAGACCCAGCGGUGUGGAUCCAGAACCGUGCGCAUUUUGGGCCGAACUUUAAGCCAAGCGAUGGGGACAUUCAUGUCUUGGUGAUCGUUCCAUGUCUCCGUCGAGAAGUUCGACAGGCGGCAUUGAGGGCAACAUUGGCCGACCUCGUAAAGAAGAAAAAGCUGCACGAACGCGACGACGAUGAUGAUACAUCGUCCUCGUAA